AUGCCAGGCCAGCAGCUUCAGCAGUCCCAUCCGUACAAGACAGUGCCAGCAGCUUCAUCAUUCCCAUCCGCUCAAUACAGUGCCAGCAGCUUCACCAGUCACAUCCGCCUAAAUACAGUGCCUGCAGCUUCAGCAGACCCAUCAGCUCAAGAAAGUGUCAUUAGCUUCACCAGUUUCAGCAGUCCCAUUCGCUCAAGACAUUGCCAGCAGCUACAGCAGCUUCAGCAGUCCCAUUCGAUCAAGACAGUGACAGCAGCUGCAGCAGCUUCUCAGUAUCAUCCCCUGAAGACAGUGCCAUUAGCUUUAGAAGUAUCAUCCGGCCAAAACAGUGCCAGCAGCUUCAGCUGUCCCAUCCGCAAAAGACAGUGCCAGCAGCUUCAGUUGUCACAUCAACACAAGACAGUGCCAGCAGCUUCAUCAGUCCCAUCCGCCCAAGACAGUGUCAGCAGCUUCAGCAGUCACAUCCGCUCAAGACAGUGCCAGAAGCUUCAGCAGUCCCAUCUACCCAAGACAGUGACAGCAGCUUCAACAGUCCCAUCCGCUCCAGACAGUGCCAGCAGCUUCAGCAGCCACAUCCGCCUAAAACAGUGCAAGCAGCUUCAGCAGUCCCAUCCGCCUAAAUACAGUGCCAGCAGCUUCAGCAGCCCCACCCAUUCAAGAGAGUGCCACCAGCUCCAGCAGAUCCAUCCGCCCAUGACAGUGCCAGCAGCAUCAGCAGUUCCGUCCGCACAAGACGGUGCCAGCAGCUUCAGCAGUUCCGUCCGCCCAAGACGGUGCCAGUGGCUUCAGCAGUUUCGUCCGCGCAAGACGAGGCCAGCAGCUUUAGCAGUUAAGUCCGCCAAAGACAGUGCCAGCAGCUUCAGCAGCCCCAUCCGCUCAAGACAGUGCCAGCAGCUUGAGCAGUCCGAUACGCCAAAGACAACAGUGCCAGCAGCUUCAGCAGCCCCAUCCACUCAAGACAGUGCCAUCAGCUUCGGCAGCCCCAUUCGCUCAAGAAAGUACAAGCAGCUUAAGCUUUCCCAUCCGCACAAAUACAGUGCCAGCAGCUUCAUCAGUCCCAUCCGCCCAAGACAGUGUCAGCAGCUUCAGCAGACCCAUCCGCCUAAAUACCGUGCCAGCAGCUUCAGCAGCCCCAUCCUCCUAAGACAGUGCCUGCAGCUUCAGCAGCCCCAUCCGCCCGAGACAGUGCCAGCAGCUUCAGCAGUCACAUCCGCUCAAGACAGUGCCAGCAGCUUCAGCAGCCCCAUCCGCCCCAUACAGUGCCAGCAGCUUCAGCAGCCCCAUCCGCCCGAGACAGUGCCAGCAGCUUCAGCAGUCACAUCCGCUCAAGACAGUCCCAGCAGCUUCAGCAGCCCCAUCCGCCCCAUACAGUGCCAGCAGCUUCAGCAGUCCCAUGCGCAAAGACAGUGCCAGCAGCUUCAGCAGCCCCAUCCGCUCAAGACAGUGCCAGUAGCUUCAGCAUUCCCAUCCGAUCAAGACAGUGACAGCAGCUGCAGCAGUCCCAUCCGCUUAAGACGGUGCCAGCAGCUUCAGCAGUCACAUCCUCCUAAAUACAGUGCCAGCAGCUUCAGCAGUCCCAUUCAAUCAAGACAGUGCCACCAGAUCCAGCAGUCCCAUCCGCCUAAGACAGUGCCAGAAGCAUCAGCAGUUCCGCGUGCACAAGACGGUUCGAACAGCUGCAGCAGUCCCAUCCGCUUAAGACGGUGCCAGCAGCUUCAGCAGUCACAUCCUCCUAAAUACAGUGCCAGCAGCUUCAGCAGUCCCAUCCGCCCCAUACAGUGCCAGAAGCUUCGGCAGUCCCAUCCGCCCAAGACAGUGCUAGCAGCUUCAGCAGUCCAAUGCGCAAAGGACAGUGCCAGCAGCUUCAGCAGCCCCAUCCGCUCAAGACAGUGCCAGUAG